AGCACUACCACACGCUUUUCUCGUGGUGCGCACUUUAUGGUCCAGCAGGACACAGAUGCAGAGAGCAGCAGUCGUAUCCAUCCACAUUAAGCGCUAACAUGUCUCCCAUGAAGCUCGACGCGUCAGCCUUGACGGGACUGGAGUCAAUCGAACCUCUGGUGCGCUCUGUCGAAGAGACCCCGGAGCCAAUCUCUGCUAAAGUAGAAGGCACUAUUCCCACCUGGAUCAAUGGCAACUUCCUCCGCAACGGGCCGGGGAAGUUUGAGUUUGGAAACACACACUACAACCACUGGUUUGACGGGAUGGCCAUGCUACACCGUUUCCACAUCAACCAAGGUCAGGUGACAUACAUGAGCCGGUUCCUGAAAAGUGACGCCUAUUUGAUGAACAGUGAGAAGAACCGCAUCAUGAUGUCAGAAUUUGGGACCCUGGCAAUGCCCGACCCCUGUAAAAACUUCUUCCUGCGCUUCCUGUCUCGCUUUGAGAUGAUAAAGCCCACAGACAAUGCAAGUGUGAGCUUUGUGAAAUACAAGGGAGACUACUACGUCAGCACGGAGACAAACUUUAUGCACAGAGUGAACCCAGAGAACCUUGAAACGCUGCAACAGGUAGACUGGAGCAAGUUCAUUGCUGUUAAUGGAGCCACUGCUCACCCACACUAUGACCCUGACGGUACCACCUACAAUAUGGGCAACUCCUAUGGAGCCAAAGGAGCCCUGUACAACAUCAUCAGAGUCCCUCCUGAGAAGAAAGAUGCCACAGAAACCCUUGAGGGAGCCAAAGUACUCUGCUCUAUCGUGCCUGUAGACAAAUCCCAUCCCUCCUACUACCACAGCUUUGCCAUGUCUGAGAACUACAUAGUGUUUAUUGAGCAGCCAAUCAAGAUGGACCUGCUGAAGAUAGUCACAUGCAAUCUGAGGGGGAAGGCUUUGAACGAAGGCAUCUACUGGGAUCCCAAGCUGGAGACUGUCUUCCAUGUCAUUAACAAGCAUACAGGCGAGGUAAGUGCAGUGAAGUACCAUGCCAAAGCCAUGGCCACCUUCCAUCAGAUCAACGCCUUUGAGGAAGGUGGAUUCUUGAUGAUUGAUCUGUGCUGCCAGGACGACGGCGAAGCCAUCAACAACUACCUCCUCCAGAACUUACGCAAGUCGGGAGAAGCAUUAGAUGAGGUGUACAACACGUUGAGCAGGCCAUUGCCGAGGCGUUUUGUUCUGCCCCUUAACGUGAACCAUGACACCCCAGCAAACCAGAACCUGAACAAGCGGUCCUCCAGUACGGCAACGUGUGUCAAACUCAGCAAAGAGAAGGUGUUCUGCCAACACGAGGAUCUCCAUGGAGAUGACCUCUACGAGUACGGUGGCCUGGAGUUCCCUCAGAUCAACUAUGGUAAAUAUAACACACAGCCAUACCGUUAUUUCUACGGCUGUGGCUUCAGACACCUGGUGGGAGACUCUCUGCUCAAGAUGGACCUGAAGGACAAGUCGCUCAAGGUCUGGUACCAGAAGGGUUUCUUCCCGUCAGAGCCCGUGUUUGUGCCGUCACCUGAUGCAGUCGAGGAGGACGAUGGUGUCAUCCUCUCUGUGGUUCUCACACCCUCACAGGAUAAAGCAACAUUCCUCCUAGUUCUGGAUGCAAAGACAUUUAAAGAGCUGGGAAGAGCCAACGUGCCUGUUAACAUGGCGUACGGCUUCCACGGUACCUUUGGCGCCUCUGUGUAAACAUGUAUCUGUGACAUUCAAAGUGUUUCUUAAAUGAUAAUAAUACAAAUGCUACCAAAUCAGUGUUAAUCAUUAUAACCACCAUAUUCCUGAAUGUACUGAGUUACUGCUGCUCUAUAUAAAGGCAGAUGUAGUAUUGAUCAUUAUAACCACUACUGCUCAUGGUACUGAAGUGGGUUACUGUGCACUACAAUAUAAAUAUAUAAUCUAAACUGGCUUGUUGUUUGCAGCAACAUCCAGCAGUAAUGGGUGUGAUUAAACACACAUGUACUCAUGUUAUUAUCAUUAAUUACAUUCCUUUUGUAUCAACAUGAAAGUGGUACGCAGGAGUGGGGUCUUGAGUUAUUAUACUGUGAAAUGAAACCUGCAAUGUUGGGUUGCAUGAUGCUCUGAUCCAACAGAGCUCCCAAGUGCCAAGUUACGUUUACUGUAACACUUUAUUUUGUAUGCUCUUUCUCACUGAUUUUUAUACAAUUUAUACACUGUUUGCCAA